CAUUCAGUGUGUCACGGUGUCUCUGCUGCGCGUCUUCUGACCCCUACAGUGAGUCCAAACCUUUGCGUUCCUCCAUGUGAAGCAGCCGCACGCACCGGGGCACGAUGCUUCCGAACACCUGGAUGGAUGUGGAGGAGGCGGUUUGUUGCACUUGUGCCUUUGGAGCUCCGUCUUAGCGCGUCUUGUGUUGGGAACGAGAUGUUCUGGAUGUAUUUUCUCCGGAGAUUUUAAAGUGCAGAGAGAAAAGAAAACGGCCAGUCAGCUGUAACCAUGUGGAGAGAGGAUUCUUGAUGGAAGCACUGGGGACGAACAGCCACUCUAACAGGGAGAACCCUUAUCUGCGAUUUGUUUUGGAACAAACAAAAAAACCAGGAUCCUUCGAUGAGGAAAAACACAGAGGAGAGAUGGUAGAGAAUGGCUGCACCUGACCUUCUUGACCCAAAGUCUGCUGCCCACAACUCCAAGCCUCGGCUCUCCUUCUCAGCCAUACCGGUGGUUCUGAAUACUCCAGACGACGAGUGUGACACCCGCACUACUGUGAUGAGGUGGAAAACUGUGUCAGCCAUCUUCUUCCUGGUGGUGCUCUACCUCAUCAUUGGAGCGACAGUGUUCAAAGCGCUGGAGCAGCCUCAUGAGAGUUCCCAGAAACUGGCCAUUCUCGCGGAAAAACUGGACUUCCUGGCCAUGCAUUCCUGUGUGAACUCGUCUGAACUGGAAGAUCUGGUGAAGCAAGUGGUUUCAGCAGUUCGAGCAGGUGUGAACCCAUCAGGAAAUUCCUCCAAUCAGACAAGCCUGUGGGACCUCAGCUCCUCGUUUUUCUUUGCUGGAACUGUUAUCACCACAAUUGGAUUCGGGAACAUCUCUCCUCACACCGAAGGAGGACGGAUCUUCUGCAUCAUCUACGCUCUGCUGGGGAUUCCUUUGUUUGGAUUCCUAUUGGCUGGUGUCGGGGACCAGUUGGGGACGAUUUUUGGCAAGGGCAUCGCCAAAGUGGAGAAGAUGAUUGUGAAAUGGCAAGUCAGCCAAACGAAGAUCCGAGUCAUCUCCACGCUGCUUUUCAUCCUGUUCGGGUGCCUCAUCUUAGUGGCCCUGCCAGCUGUUAUCUUCAAGCACAUCGAAGGCUGGAGCACCCUCGAGUCCAUCUACUUUGUUGUCAUCACCCUCACCACCAUCGGCUUUGGAGACUUUGUUGCCGGUGAAAAAGGUGGGACAGAGGGUCUCGAGUCCCUGGACUUCUAUAAGCCCGUGGUGUGGUUCUGGAUCCUGGUGGGCCUCGCUUACUUUGCGGCUGUGCUCAGUAUGAUCGGAGACUGGUUCCGGGUCAUCUCCAAGAAAACGAAGGAGGAGGUCGGGGAGUUUCGGGCUCAUGCAGCUGAGUGGACAGCGAACGUGUCAGCAGAGUUCAAAGAGACCCGGCGGCGGCUCAGUGUUGACAUCUAUGACAAGUUCCAGCGCGCCGCGUCCAUGAAGCGCAAGCUGUCAUCCGAGCUAGGUGUGAAUGCAUCCAUGAACCAGGAAAUGACCCCUGGCAAGAGGACGCUGUCGGCCAACCUGUGUGAGAACAGGGAUAGUUACCCCAACUUGACUCUUUCCCUCAGUCCUGUGUCGGGGGCCCUGACACGGAACGGCAGCCUCUACCUGAAUGGCCUCAGCCCAGACUACGCUGACCGGCGGGAGAUCGCCAUCAUCGAAAAUCUCAAAUGAGGAGGAGCAUGA